AUGGCACAGACGUCAAGCGCUCAACUUUUCAAGCUUGUUGGGGACACACUCGCUGGACAAUACGUCAAUAUUGAUAAAAGCUACACGCUUGAUGAUAUUAAGAGAGCAGUCGGGUUGACAUUUCACGUCGCCAAACCGGAGGGAAUCACCUUUCACACCUCGCCAGAGCAGCAUGGACAGCUAGAAAAUGCCUCGGAUAUUAUCGCUGCCAAGGCACCUGUUUCAGUCCGUAUCGAUGGCAGGGCUGUGCAAGACCCCCAGGGUCCAACAGAGCUACCAUUUGUAGGAAACUUCCACGAGAUCUAUCCGGAUCACCUAGGGAACCACUUUCGACUCUUUCAAAAAUAUGGUCAUGUCAUACGGACAACAAACAUGGGGAAAACGACAUACCUCACCAAUAGCCCAGAUGUUACACAUGUGGCCAUGAUGGAGUCUGUCUACUUCACCAAGAAGAUCAACGAAAAUCACCCUCUUUGGGGAAUUAAAGACAACACGGCCAUGUUUGUCGGAGACACAGAGACCGAGAAUUGGCGCAUCGGACACAAAUUUCUCCCAACAGCGAUGGGACCCAAAGCCGUGCGCCACUAUACGCCUCUGAUGCAAGAGUCUGUGCGGAACUCGUUCACUGUUUUUGACGAGCUUGCCGAGUGCGGCAAAGAAUGGAACGUGUACCCGUUUAUGGUCAAGCUGGCAUCGCAAACCAUUGGAAAGUUUGCCCUUGGCAUGGAUUUUGGUCAUUUCACCAGCGUCGAUGCAAAGCUACACCCACUCAUCAUGAGUUUUGGCGCCCUAUUGGGUCUAAACAAAAAAGUUACUUCCCGGGGCGAGUGGUACCGCCACCUUCCAUUCGGUAUCCCAGCUGAGCUCAGGCGUGUGCAGAAGGAAACCUACGGGUACUUACAGGAAGCUAUCUCUGGCUCUUCCAGUUCGGGCUUGAGAAAUAUGCCAAUGGAGGAGGCAGCCAUUAAAGCAUCCUGUGUUGGUGACUACCUAGUAAACGCAGUCGACGAAGAGGGCAAACACUUUCCCGAAGGCCUUGUUUUAGCCAAUAUGAUGGUCGUCACAGGGGCCGGAUUUUCAACUACCGGCUCUUUGCUGUCUUGGCUUAUCUACUGUCUUGUGGCCUACCCCGGGGCGCAAGAUCGCCUCCUUCAAGAACUGGUGGACCACGAUGUCGACGGAAAAUUGAAUUGGACACCCGACAAGGCAAACGGCAUGCCCUAUCUCCACAACUUUAUCAAGGAAGGACAGAGGCUGCACAGUCCGUCCUAUCAGCCAGGCCGCACGACAAAGACAGAUGUGAUACUGCCCGGGGGCUAUCGUAUUGGUGCUGGAAGUGUGCUUAUACCUGCUGUACAUGCGAUCCAUACUAAUCCAACGGUAUGGCGAGACCCCUUGCUCUUCGAUGCGGACAGGUGGGACAGCGAUGAGAUAAAAACUCUUCACCGUUACGCAUACAUCCCCUUUGCAGCCGGACCUCGUGGUUGCAUUGGGUUUAACUUCGCACUGCUAGAGGCGAAGGUACUCAUCUCCGAGCUAGUAUAUCGAUACGAGUUUGUCCGCUAUGGCAACGAAGCCAUUGACUACGAUCCCGAGUUCCAGCUAAUCCGACCACUGAACCUAUACGUCACUGCUCGCAAAAGGACGGUCUGGCCGGCCAAGUCCAGAAAGUGA